AUGGCGGAUGCUCUCCUUUCUAUUGUCUUAGACCGUUUGGGUUCUCUUAUCCAACAACAAAUUCAUCAGGAAGUUUCUCUGGUUGUGGGUGUUGAAACAGAAAUCCAAAGCCUCACCAACACACUCCAGAUCGUCCGAGCUGUUGUUGCGGAUGCAGAGAAGAGACAAGUGAAGGAGAACCUUGUCAAAGUUUGGUUGCAGAGGCUUAAAGACAUCUUCUACCAAAUGGACGACGUGCUGGAUGAGUGGAGCACUUCUCUUCUCAAAUCUCAGAUUGAGAGACCUGAAAGCCCUUCCAUGUCUAAGAAGAAGGUAAGCUCCUGCAUUCCCUCCCCUUGCAUCUGUUUCAAACGAGUUGCUGGCCGUCGUGACAUUGCUCUUAAGAUUAAGGAUAUUAAACAGCAAGUUGAUGACAUUGCAAACCAGAGCAAUCGGUUCAAUUUUACAUCCAUAUUUAGCAACGAGGAACCACAGAGGCUUAUAACUAUCUCUACAGUUGACAUUUCAGAGGUAUGGGGUCGGGAUAAGGACAGGGACACCAUACUAAGGCAGCUGUUGGGUAAGAGUUGUGAACAAAACUUGGGCCUCUACACCAUCUCCGUGGUUGGGAUGGGAGGUAUCGACAAAACAAGUCUUGCUCAACUAGCCUUUAACCACGAUGAGAGGGCUAUUCUUGAAGCCCUCCAAGGCCAGUCUUCUGAUCUCCAUAAUCCUGAAGUUCUACAACAAAAAAUUCAAGAAUCUAUUGAAGGGAAAAAGUUUCUCCACGUGCUGGAUGAUGUCUGGACCGAAGAUUAUCAGUUGUGGGAACAACUGAAGAAUUGUCUCAAGUGUGGAGGUGGUGGGAGUAGAAUUUUAGUGACCACUCGCAGUGAGAGCGUUGCCAGGAUGAUGAGAAGCACAUACAUGCACUCCUUAGGAAGCUUACUAUUAGAGCAAGGUUGGGCGUUAUUUUCCCAAAUAGCAUUUUGCUGGAAGAGUACCCACAGAAUUGAAGAAUUAGAAGAAAUUGGCAAAAAAAUAGCAGUCAAGUGCAAGGGCUUACCUCUUGCCGUUAAAGAUUUAGGGAGUCUGAUGCAGUUCAAAAAUAAUAAAGAAGAUUGGGAGAAUGUCUUGAAUAGUGAAAUGUGGGAACGGGAUGUUUUUGAGAAAAAACUGUCCCCUGCCUUGUUGUUGAGUCACUAUGAUCUGCCCCCGGCACUUAAACAGUGCUUCUCAUAUUGUGCAGUCUUUCCCAGAGAUCACUUCAUUGAAAGAGACGACUUGAUUAAGUUAUGGAUGGCACAAAGCUACCUCAACUCUAAGGCAGGCAGAGAGAUGGAGACAAUUGGGAGAGAGUACUUUGAAAACUUAGCAGCUCGGUCUUUCUUCCAAGAUUUUGAGAAAGAUGAUAAGGGUAACAUAGUAAGGUGCAAGAUGCAUGAUAUAGUGCAUGACUUUGCUCAAAUUUUGACCAACAAUGAAUGCUUAAUUGUGGAGGAUGAUUGUGAAAACCUAAAGACAAACUUGUCCCUUCAAAAGGGUCGUCAUGCAACUGUAAUUGUGCAAGGGAGUACGCGAUUCUCUUUCCCCGUUAAUAACGCGAGGAAUUUACACACUUAUAGUUGUGUCAGAAAACAGGUGUAG